CUGACUGUGAGUCAAAUGGAACAAGCCAAUCCUAUGGCUCCGAGUGAUAAGGGUGAUAGUAGUCAACAACCAUUUGGGAAAUUUAAACCGAACAGAGAGGUCAUUAAGUUCAAUGAAAACAUCAUCAACAACAAUGUGAAUGCAGCAUCAGUUGCCUGCAGGUUCGAUAAAAAGCAAAAGCAGAGUUCUUCCAUUAUUAUCAAUCAUGCUAUAGGUGCUCAUUACACUCUUUUCCAGUCUCUUCAUUAUAUAAGCUACUCACGAACCUUACAUAAGAGGCACAAGCUUGUAUUAACUUGCCAACAAAGGACCGAAGGAACUAUUAGGGGAAAAGCAUCUGAGUCAAAAGCUUUCAUGGAAAAUCUUUCACAGGCUGAUGCCACUGAAUUAGUCAAAUCAAUAACUCCACUGCUUGAUAGUGGCCGUCAUAAGGGUCAGGCAGGAAAGAUAGCUGUAAUUGGUGGUUGCCGUGAGUAUACUGGGGCUCCUUAUUUUGCAGCAAUUUCAGCCUUGAAGAUAGGUGCAGAUUUGUCUCAUGUCUUUUGUACUCGAGAGGCAGCAAUAGUUAUUAAGAGCUACAGCCCUGAGUUGAUUGUGCAUCCUGUUCUAGAAGAGUCUUAUAGCAUCAAAGUUGAUGAGAAAGAAUCUGUUCGCAACAAAGUUCUUGCGGAUGUCAGCAAAUGGAUUGAACGAUUUGAUUGCAUUGUUGUUGGACCUGGCCUUGGCAGGGAUCCAUUUCUUUUGGAAUGCGUGAGAGAAAUUAUUCUACUUGCUAGACGAGGCAACACUCCACUUGUUAUUGAUGGGGAUGGACUGUUUCUUGUGACUAAUAAUCCUGAACUAGUGGCAGGAUAUUCUCUAGCAAUACUCACACCAAAUGUAAAUGAGCAUAAACGGCUAGUUCAGAAGGUGAUGGAACAGGAUCAGAGUCCUCUAGGGGACAAAAAUGGAAUGAAAGAUAAAGAUGCCCCACAGCAGUUGCAGAUGCUUUCUAUGCAAAUGGGAGGAGUGACAAUCUUACAAAAGGGAAAAACGGACCUCAUCAGUGAUGGAAACAAAGUAUAUGGUGUGAGUAUUUUUGGAUCGCCUCGUCGAUGUGGUGGCCAGGGUGAUAUUCUUUCUGGCAGCGUUGCAGUGUUCUCGUCAUGGGCAAGAUAUGGAGCUAUAUCUGACAAAAAUGAUAUGAAAUUCAGGUUUUCAUCAAAUCCAGCAAUUUUGGGAGCUAUUGCGGGUUCUGUGCUAAUGAGGAAGGCAGCAUCUGUGGCCUUUGAACAACACAAACGCAGCACUCUCACAACAAAUAUCAUAGAGGUUCUUGGGAAAAGUAUGGAGGACAUCUGCCCAGCACAGUGAUUGACGUCAUAUAUGAAUAACUAUAUAUAAGUAUAGGCUUCCUAAAAUUACUAGUUGCAAGUAUUGCCGAGCUCAUAUAUGGCAGUCCAACUCGAGUAUCCUAGAUUUGAUCUGCACAGUUGGGUUUUCAGAAGCAGCUUUAUAAUAAGAGCAAAUCUGACUUUAUUUAAGGCAUGUCAAAUGGAAGGUCUAUAACUUUAGUCUUUCAACGAUUCUACCAAGUAAAAUAGAAAAGUUUGACACCACAUUGAAGCAUGUAUCUAUUCAUUGAUUGUUAGAAGAUUUUUACAGUAAUUUGUAAAUCUUUUUGUGCCUGAUCAAUCAGUGUUUCCUGUUCAUAAUCAAAACUGAAUUAUCAUUUGAAAAA